AGAACACAUGUUGAUUUAAGGCGUUAGGCAGCACAGUUUUUCUGUUUCAGUUCUGGAAGCUUUGUGCAUUAAGAGCUAUGGAAAUACAACCAAUAUUUUUAUUAUCUCUGCUGGUUUACGGUGUGACUUGUGGUAAUCACUCACUGACAUAUUAUGCCACUACACUCUUAAAUCCCAUUCCUGGACUGCCAGUGUUCACUGCUGUUGUUUCUUUCAAUGACCUACGCAUUGUAAAUUACAACAGUGACACUCAACAUCCUCAGCCACUAUAUAAAUGGUGGGAAAGUCUUCAAAAUCCUGAAGAGUGGAAAGAAGAGACAAAAUUUGGUCAACACUAUGAAAGCAUCUUAAAAUAUUUGGGUAAAGCUAUACAGACGCUAUUCAACGAGACAUACCACGAGGAUGUCAGUAUAUACCAGGUGAAGUUUACCUGUUCUUUACAUGAAGAUGGUAGCACUGGUGAUUAUGACGUGCAUGGAAUUGAUGGAAAUGACCUUCUGGUCUAUGAUAAGGAGAAAUCAACAUAUACUCCUCUAAUGCAAAAGGCUCAGACUAUAAUAAAGUGGUUUGAACAUGUCAAGGUUCAUCCCCGAACCUAUAGACAGUCAAUUGAACAAAAGUGCCUUUUUUUGUUAAAAAAGGGAUUCAACAAUAGAAAGAAGGAGCUUGAGAAAAAAGUUCCCCCACAGGUAAAGGUUUCUGAAAGUCCUUCUGACAAGAUCACAAAGCUUCACUGCUUCGUGUUUGGGUUUUACCCCCAAGCUGUGGAUGUGAAAUGGGUGAAGAACAACACUUUUGAGGUUUACUCAGAGGACGUUAAACAGGUCCUCCCCAAUCCUGAUGAGACCUAUCAACUCAGGGUCUCUGUAAAGGUUUUACCUGAGGACAGGUACAAUUACUCCUGUCAUGUGGAUCACAGCAGCCUGAAUAAGACCAUAAUCAUACAGUUAGAACCCAAGGGGAGCAACACUGUCAGCAUAUUGAUUGGUAUACUUGUUGCUGUUGUCAUUCUGGUCAUCAUUGCUGUUGUAGGUAUAUACAGAUACAGGAAUGCAGGUCAACACCACAGAGUGAACAUUCGGGAGCAAGAGUAAAGUUCUGGACCAUUAAUAUUGAUCAUCUGCGUAUGUUGACUAUGAUACCUUAACCCCUUCAUUUGUGCUCCAUUAAAGUGAUGAUAACUUUCAGACUAAAAGAAUGUUGCAAUGAAAAAUAUAUUAGUUUUCAAGUAAAACCACAUAAUUAUUCUUUUUUUAAAAGUGUAUAUAUAUAUUUUAUAAUAAAAGAUUUUUAGUCCUAA